AUGAUGUAUUACGGAGUUCCAUUAGCGGUUAGAGACAUAAAAGUGAACAUCUAUUUGAGCGAAGCCCUAAACGCAAUGGUGGAGUUACCUACGUUUGUUAUCACUCCAAUAUUGCUGGAGAAGUUCAACAGAAGAAGCUCUGUGCUUGUGAAUUGCUUACUCGGAGGAGGAUUAGGAGUGCUCUGUUUCGUCCUGACCAUUUUCGGGAGAACAAACGUGGCUUUUGCCCUAGAACUCGGUUCUUUCUUCUGCGCGAGGAUCGGGUUUAACUUGAUGGCGGUUUAUAUGAUUGAGAUGUUCCCAACAUGCGUGAGGAACUUGGCGACAAUGAUGCUGAGACAAGCGCUUGUAGUUGGAGGAGCUUGUUGUCCAAUCAUUGCUUCAGUUGGAAGAAAUGUUCCGUCGCUGUCUUUCGCGGUUUUUGGGUUUGCAGUGUCGGGUCUAGGGUUAUUUGCUUUGCUCCUUCCUGAGACCAAAGGGUCAAACCUUUGUGAUACAAUGGAAGAACAAGAGCUCUUAGAGGCCAAGCCUUGA